CAUACACGAGAGGAAACCAGAGCCGCUGGAUUUCCACAAAACCAUCGUCACCCGAAUCCACAGAAGGGGAAGGACCAAGGGACAUUUCGUUGUUGCCGUCCACCCUCAAAGCUCGCAUGUAUGGAAGGAUAGUGAUUUUGCUUUAACGCCCUGGACGAGUGUGUACCAGGGUUAGAUAUAGCUUUGAAAUACGCAAAAAAAACACCGCUUCGUUGGAUUUUCGUCCGCAACUGAGGCCAUGAAUUCGGCGGAGCAGACAGUCACUUGGCUCAUCACAUUAGGGGUGCUUGAGUCGCCGAAAAAGACCAUAUCGGAUCCAGAAGCAUUUCUCCAGAUAUCCCUCAAAGAUGGGGUGGUCUUAUGUAGACUGCUGGAGCGGCUGAGCCCUGGCUCCAUGGACAAAAUCUACCAAGAACCGAAGAACGACGGCGAGUGCUUGAGCAACAUAAAGGAGUUUCUUAAAGGCUGCGCUUCGUUUCGUGUCGAGCCGUUUGAACCCAGUGAUCUGCUGCUCGGACUCAAUUUCUCCAGGAUCCUCAGCUGCCUGGUGGCUCUGAACAAAGUCACUGCAGACAUCGGAGUGGGUGGAGACAGUGUGUGCGCUCGUCACUCCUCAGCCAACCGGAUCAGUUCGUUCGAGUCUCUGGCUUCUCAGUCGUCACUGGGACGGUCCUCUAAGCUGCUUCAGAACCAGUACCGCAGCCUGGACAUGUCUGAGGGCAGUGGGACGCAGCUAUUGGUCAAGGCUCGCUUCAACUUUGAGCAGACCAAUGAGGAUGAGCUGUCCUUCAACAAGGGGGAUGUUAUUAGUGUGACACGCCAGGAAGAGGGUGGCUGGUGGGAGGGGAACCUAAACGGCAAGACUGGUUGGUUCCCUAGCAACUACGUUCGUGAGAUCAAAGGCUGUGACAAACAAGUGUCCCCCAAAUCUGGAACCUUAAAGAGUCCCCCGAAAGGCUUUGACACCACUAUCAUAAGCAAGACUUACUACAACCUGGUGCUGCAGAAUAUUCUAGAAACAGAGACAGAGUAUUCUAAGGACCUCCAGAGCCUUUUGACUAACUACCUGCGAUCUCUCCAGAGCACAGACAGACUAAGCAGUACAGAUGUUUAUCAUAUCCUUGGGAACCUGGAGGAGAUCAGCACCUUCCAACAGAUGCUUGUCCAAUCACUGGAGGAGUGCAGCAAACUUCCAGAGAACCAGCAGAGGGUUGGGGGGUUCUUCCUGAACCUAAUGCCCCAGAUGAAGGCUCUCUAUGUGGGCUACUGUUCAAACCACCCCUCGGCGGUCAACGUGCUUACCCAGCACAGUGAGGAGCUGGGGGAGUUCAUGGAGUCUAAGGGAGUCAGUAGUCCUGGCAUUCUGACCCUGACCACAGGCCUCAGUAAACCCUUCAUGAGGCUGGACAAAUACCCCACUUUACUGAAGGAGCUGGAGAGACACAUGGAGGAGACUCACCCCGACCGACCAGAUAUCCAGAAAUGUAUGACGGCCUUCAAGAGCCUCUCAGCCCAGUGCCAGGAGGUGAGGAAGAGGAAGGAACUGGAGCUUCAAAUCUUGACUGAGUCCAUCCGGCUGUGGGAGGGAGACGACAUCAGAACCCUGGGCUCCGUCCUCUACAUGAGUCAGGCCCUGGUCCACAGUACGGGGUCAGAGGAGAAGUGUGAGCGCUACCUCAUGCUCUUCCCACAUGUUCUCCUCAUGCUGUCUGCCAGUCCAAGGAUGAGUGGCUUCAUAUUCCAGGGGAAGCUCCCAUUGAGCGGUAUGUCAGUGACCCGGCUGGAGGAUAAUGAGUCCCACAAAAACACCUUUGAGCUUUCAGGCAGUCUGUUUGAGCGUCUCCAGGUGGAGUGUAACAGUCUUCAGGACCUUCAGGACUGGGUCGACCACCUGACCCGGCAGUGCAAACACACCACGGCCCCAAGCCACAAGGCCCUCACGGUCCCCUGCCACACGCUGCCGUCUCACCCUCUGACUCCCUCGCGUCACGCGGAAGGUCGGGGGAUGACCGUGGCCCCCGCCUACCACACCCUGCCUCACCCCUCCUCCCACGGGGCCCCACACAGCACUCUGAUGUGGGGGCCCCUGGAGCCUCCAAACACCCCCAAGCCAUGGAGUCUAAGCUGCCUGCGUCCUGCUCCUCCUCUGCGGCCCUCCGCGGCCCUCUGCUACAAGGAGGACCUCAGCAAGAGUCCUAAGAGUGUCAAGAAGCUUCUUCCUAAACGUAAACCAGAGCGGAAACAGUCAGAUGAGGAGUUUGCCCUGAGGAAGAGUAUGGCUGCCCUAGAGGAAGAUGCUCAGAUCCUAAAGGUCAUAGAAGCCUACUGUACCAGUGCCAAGACCAGACAGACCCUCAACUCCACCUGGCAGGGCACUGACCUCAUGCACAAUCAUGUUCUGGGGGACGUGGACCGGUCCUGUGUGGACUCCCCGGGCCGCCGUAGCAGUGUGUCGCGGCCCGACAUGACCGGUUCCGACCUGUCGGAGGACUCAGACUACGACUCUGUGUGGACGACCCACAGUUACAGGAUGGGCUCGGUGUCACGCAAGAGGAUGACGCAGAGGGACACCGGGCUUCAAGUCGUCAUCCCUGGAGAGGAGAAGAUAAUUGUGGAGGAGACCAGGAGCAACGGACAGACUGUGGUGGGAGAGAAGAGCCUGGUGGAUGCAGUGUAUUCCAUGAGGGACGAGGUACAGCAGUUGAAACAGGACUAUAAGAAGAUGAAGAGGUCGCUGGAGGAGGAGCAUAAAGCACGGAAAGAUUUGGAGAAGGUUGUGAGGAGGGUGUUAAAGAGCAUGAACGACCCCACCUGGGACGAGACUAAUUUAUGAAGUGUGUGUGUGUGUGUGUGUGUGUGUAAGAGAGAACGUGAGAGUGAUGUGGUGUGUGACUUCAGUUACUGGAUGCAGAUACAAAUGUGUGCAUUUGGGUGCACAGACACACUCGGGGCCUUGAGUGUUACCGCUCAUGUGACAUGAUCCCACCUCCACCACAAGGAACGUACGUAGAGCCAUCCCUGGCCUCCCACAGGUCGCUUUACAAAUGACAUUCAGCAAAGCAAUCCAGUUCUGCUGUACAACAACAGCAAACUUUUCUCCAUGUCUGUUAUUUAAUUACCCUGAACUGGAUCCAUGUGGUUGUGUUUCCAUCAUCCUGUGGUCCUCUGUGGUCCUCUGUGGUCCUCUGUGGUCCUCUGUGGUCCUCUGUGGUCCUCUGUGGUGUGCCUUGUGGUUGGAGCCCUGUGUCUCCGCUUUUCAGCAGGUGAAAAAAGCAGAAAUGGACUGACUGGUAUUGGUACGCUUUGGUGUACAUAUAAACACUGCUGAAACAGUGAGCCUUUGGAUGAAUAAAUGUGUUUUUAGGAGACUGA